CCUAACAACAGAGCGCUGUAUGGGUUAGCUGCAGGAGAGCAGCGGAGGACCCGUGUGCCCUUUAGAUACACCGUUUACCGUGUGAACCGCGUGAACCGCGCUCAGGACCGCGAGAGACUCGUGUUUACAGGCGGUCUCUGCCUCUCUUGUGUGUAGAGUACAGUCCUGCAGCAUGACGUCUUCCUCGCGCCUGUCCGGCACCGGAAGCAGUGGGCCGCUGUCCCGGCGCUACCGCACGCGCGCGCUCACCUCUCAAGUGGACGAGACUCUUUUUGGAGCUCCUAGGCAGACACAGACACAGUCUGCUUAUGGGCAUCAGGAUGAGGCUAAAGGCAGCACCCCCGGAUCCAGAACACUGUCCCGCUCAGCUCCAGCGUCUAAAACACGCAAUAAAGAGACAGUCCGCAUCAUCACUAAAGACCUCAUCAGGGACCUAAGGAUUUCGAAUGCAGACCCAUCAGGGCAGUCCAUCAUUCUCUGCACAGCUGAAAUCGAGCGUAUCUCGUCUGAGUCCCGUGUGCCCACCAAAGAGAAACAGGAAGCUGCACUGGAGAGCCUCCGCAGAUCUCGGGAGGAGGCAAUGAUCGCAGCAGAUGAGAGGAAGACGCUGAUGAGGCAGGCUGAUCUGUCCCGUCAGAAGAAUCAGGGCCUCACUGAUCUGGAGGCUGAGGCCUGUGAGCGUGCUCAGUACCUGCUACAGAGGGCCAACACUCUGAGGAUGGAGCAGGAGGACGAGGUCAAGAAGCUCAAUGAGUGGAUUCUGGGGGCACAGUGCCAUGCGGUGCAAGAUGCUCAGAUCCUGGAGAAGAAGCAAAUUCUCUCUGAGUUACAGGAGGAAGAGAGGAGGCUGGAUGCCAUGAUGGAGAUAGACCGCCGCCGAGCCUUGGAGGCACAGGAACAUAUCGACCAGCUCCGAAAAGAUCAAAGAAUUAUGGGGAAGGCCUGCAUUCUGAAACAGAUUGAGGAUCGUCUUGAAGAGCGCAUGCUAGAGGAGGAAGUGAAGGAGCAAGAGGGGCAGCAGAUGCUGGAGAACAUGGAGAGGAUGCAGAUGGAGGAGCUGGAGACAAUAGAGAAAAAGAAAGAAGAGCAGAAGAGGUUACUGCUUGAGAUUAAGAAGAUCAACGAGGUAAAUAUUUUAGCUAAGGAGCGCAGGAAGGAGGAGGAGCGUCUGGCGGAUCUUCGCGCGCUGGAGUAUACACGCAAGAAACUGGAGCGAGACGCGGAGUACGAGGCCGAACAGAUCCGGGUAAAGAAAGAAAAGGAGAAGGAUGUGGCGAGACUCAGGGCCCUGCAGGAACGGGACAGAGAUCACAAAGCUGAGCAGGAUGAGCUGAGGGCCCGUAGGAACCAGCAGGCUGCAGAGAGAGAGUGGAGGAGGAAGGAGAGCGAGCAGGCCAGGAGGAAGCAGGAGGAGAAUGAACGGCUGAAGGCGGCUCGGCUGGAACAGGUCAUUCAUAAGGAGCACAUGCUGUCUAUCGAAGCCGGGCGAGAGAGGGCAGAAUUGGAGAGGGUGCUGAGGACUCAGCAGGAGCAGAUUGCUCGGGAGAAGGAGAAAGAGCUGCAUCAUCGGCAGCAGGUCCUCCGCCACGCUGAGGGAGUCCGGCAGCAGGUCCGUGAGCGCGAGACGAUGGCCAUCACUCGGCGGAGGGAGCUGUUCCUUGAGGGGGAGAAGCUGGAGGAUGAGGCUCGCAGCCGCAGAGCCCGGCUGGAGGAAAUCAAAGAGAAGAAACUGAAGGAGCUGAGGGCUGCCGGGCUUCCAGAGAAGUACUGCAGUGAGGUGGAGCAGAAGGUCCACACCCUCCCCACACUGGUGCGCUAAACCAGGCUGUGAACCAAUAUUUGAUUUCUUCAUGAGCAACAUAUAUCUACACUGUAAACCCAGAAGUUGUUUGAACUCAAAUAAAUUAAGUCUGUUUUACAUAAAAUUGGAAAUUUCUAAACAUUACACAACUAUUUUGAGUUAGUUGAAUAUUCGUGGGCACAGAUACACUUAAACUGAGAUCUUUGAGUUGAACCAACUUAUAAUAAAUGAGUUUAGUCUGUUGUCAUUAGCAGCUUCUUUUCCAUUGGCUCCUGUCACAAUCUAUUUGCAUACUGGGUGUGUCCAACAGUUUCUGACUAACACUCACCAUCAGUGUGUAGUGAUUCACCCGGGGCUACCUUAGGUAAACUUGUAGAUCACAUAUUACGAUUGAAUGCUUGGUCUGUGUUGUAGGCUGUAAAAGAAGCAUCAUUUAUUGAGCUGCAGUAACUGUGUGUUUUCACUGUGCUCUCAGUACUUUUAACUCUUUCCUGUUUUUGUUCAUUUAUAUAUAUAUACAAAAAAUAGUUGAGUGAAAUCAGAAAGAAAACUAUGUACAAGUUCAGGAAAAUGUUCAUUUAAAAUAUGUAUGUAUGUGUAUUUGUUAAGUUCACUGUACUUAAAAAUUAUAUUACAUGAACUUAUUAAGUAAUCGGUUACAACAAAAGUUUUGAGUUUAGUCAGCUUAUCGGGUUUUACAGUGUACAUAUCUACUUGAAUGAAAUAAGCACACUUGGAUUUUUUUUGUCAUUUAUUAUAAGCAAAUAAAUGUUUUAAUCAA